AUGAAGGAAGAGGAGAAAAUCCAGCAGCCGCUUCUAACUGUGUCCCAAAACUCGCCCGAGGCGAGACUCUCUCCGGCGCCGUCCCCUUCGGCGCCGCGGCGACCUCGGAAAUCCUCCGUGGCGCCGCAGCCGCCCUCUUCGGCACCACCACCACUGCCAACACAGCCUCCGCCGCCUCUGGAAACAGACCUCGACUUUGUGGUCGAAGUUGAUCGUCCGUUGCCGCCGCCGGUGCCGCCGCGAACCCUGUCCAGUGCACUGGCGGUGGCGAAAUUCAGGAAGCCGCUGAAAAUCGACUUGACGGCGCCGUUGACGCCGAAGCCGCCGAGGCCGAAUUCUCAAAUCAUCAUACCCACUGACGAAGACUUGAAGAAGAACAAGAAGUACUACGACCUGCGGAUGUGGAAGAUGGGACUUGAUGACAUGCGCAAUCUCAAGGGCGAUCUUUUGGAUCACGUUCAAAAGGUGAAGGAGGCGACGACUAAAUCGCUGAGCAUCCCGCAAAGAAUUUUGCUCUGGUUGUCUGACACGGUUUCCUCGGCGUCCAGCAAAUGGUUCACGCACAUUCUUCUCAUGUUGUCCCUGUUCUUGUUACGUCGAAAGCCGCCUAAAAAUGAAAGACAGUUAAACAACAGUCGAAGUCCGGCGUAUAAGAAUAUGCUCAGAGUACUGAAGCACAUCACGUGUUCUACCCUCGAAGGUCCGCACGAAGAAAAUACCAAAAUAGACGUGGAACAGACUCAAGACCGGGUGUUGACGGAGUUGUGGCGGCAAGCAGGUGCGUCUAGUUCAGUGCAGGAGUUCAAAAACAAUUCUCUGGGACAACUGGAGAUUCUGCAGCAAGUGCUGUACCUUGCCUAUGACCAAGGUAUCACCAAGGGAUUCGGCAAAAGGAGCUGGACUUUCUGGGGAUCCACCUUUUACAGUGGAACGAUCAUCACGACAAUCGGCUAUGGACACAUUGCGCCAGUCACGAGCCUCGGGCGAAUCGUGACAAUUAUUUAUGCACUGUUCGGCAUUCCAAUCCUGCUCAUGUCACUGGCAGAUUUCGGCAAACUUUUCACUCGAAUGGUGAAAGCGGGAUUGGCUUUCUUCCGCCGACUCUACUACACCGGCACUUGCAAACGCGCCCGACGAACGGCGCCACUAAAAUUAACUCUGACAGAGAGACACGGGAAAGAAGCUUCGUGA